AUGCGGCUACAGCAAUCCAAUGAACAUAGUAACGCCAUUCAAUCGACUGAGAAUGAUGAAAUCGAGAAACGAUUAUCUCAACAAGCCUUUCGUCGAAGGCAAAAAGAGUCUCUGAGAGAACUUCGAAAUCAAGCACAAUCAAAGGAUAAGCCUGAAAAUGAGAUAAUUCAUGAGCUGCGAGAAGAGAACAGCAAAUUACGAAAAGAACUUCUUGAUGUUCAGUCCAAAUUAUCUCGAUACAUAUCAUCCAUGGAGGCCCUCACAUGCACAAUUUCUACCGCACUCCAAGGCAGCUCCGACGAGAAAGUUGAAUCUGAGACGGAGCCUGGGGCUAUAGUAGAAUCUUUCAAUUCCCCACAGGAGCAAUCCUCGUUUCCAACUCAAGCCGGUAUUUCGGAUUUGGACCUGGACGCGCUAAAUGACAUGAACGUCUUUAGCUUUGAUAGAAACCAGAACGUGCAUAAUGAGACUAUGACAAUAGAAAAGGCCCCUUCUUUUGAUCCCAGCGCCAAUAUUAGUGUUCUUUCUCCUUCACUAUCGGACAUUUGGUCUUUCGAAUAUCAGAUGGGGUCACAAACUUAUGCUAGCAAUCUUUCUCUUUGUCAAGACUCGAGUAGUAUGCUAGGGAGGUCUUGGACAGUGACAAACUCUCCGUUUUCCGACCACAUCCUGGCUUUACAAAACCUCUUGAAAAGGCAGAUGCAACAUAUAAGACCGCUCGCUGAAGGCUCCACCUAUCUCUUUUACAAUCAAAUAUUGAUGAUACUAUCACUCUUCAACAGCAUAAGUCGGCCGGACGCGAUGGCAUGGUAUGCAAAAACAAGAUUUUACCAUAUCGUCCAUCUAACAGCCUGGCAAAUUUUCCCUAGCACAAAAACAUUUUGCAGGGUACAUCGAAAAUAUAAGCCUACCAGCAUGCAGCUUCAAACUGAAUACCCACACGUGAUUGACUGGAUACCGUUUCCUACGAUUCGCGACCGCCUCAUCCGAUUCCAUGCUGCAAAUCCUCGCAUUGAUGAGAUAUUCUGCGACACAGUCAGCAGUUACGUGGUCGAGGCUUCUAUGGAUGAUCUUGUUAUGGAUGCUCCAGCAGCCAAAUGUUACGUUCGCGUUACGGAUGUUAUCGCAAAUCUCGCAUCCACUACGCCAAGCAAUGACUUAACUAUGGCCGUACUGCCUGCUCUUGAUGUGGCUACACUAUUUUCUACUCCUGCAUAUUGCCAAGCAGUAUUCACAAAACUCAAGAUGGACGCAGGUACUUUGCAGUACAAAAUGGACCCUGCAUUCUUCGGCAAAUACCCAGAGCUUUUCGAUUCGGACGCGACCGAUAUAUCAGCAGAGGGAAUUCCUCUUAUCCCGGCAAAGCAAAACGUUUUGAGCUACCCCCGUCCGCUUGACAACACGACAUUCCAGACGUAUCGAAGUUUUAUUGACUUCUCCUUAUAUAGCCAGCAGAGCCUUGCCGAGUUUUUUGGUCGAUCUUGCUUUGCAUUUGGCUACUAA